UGACAAUUGGCAGUGACACUGAUAAAUAACUGUCAUCUUAAAUUUAAGGUUUUUGUGUUCGUUUUAAUGAUUUUUUAAAUAAAAAUUUACAUUUCUUCUAAUAGUAUAUACACAUAGUUAAACAGCAGAGAAAUAAUGUCCUUGUCACCCUGGUUAAAAUCACCUUUCACUGAUUUAACAGGAUCUUUGGUAAAUCAUCAAUGGUAUGGAGAAUGUGCCGACCUCGAAUUGAAAGUUUUGGAUUGUUUGGAAGCCUAUGGUUUAGAUAGGGGCUUAAAGAAGUGCGAUUUACUCAUAGAUGAUUUUAGAGAAUGCUCUUUGAGAACCAAACAAUUUAAGAGGAUGCAAGCUAUGAGAAAUGAGAGGCACCGUCAGUAUUUUGCUGGUGAAAGAACCAAAGAAGAGAAAUAUGCCAAAGCACCCACUCCUGAUAGCUAUUAAACACAAUUGUAUAAGUGAGGAUUCUUGUAGAUGAUAUAGUUCUAUUUAAAUAAAUUCUACUAAAACGUUCUCAUUAUGUGUAUAAAACCACACAAAUUCAUACAUUUAAAAAUUUGAAUUUGAACUAAACAGGCUGUUUAAAAUAUUUUGUACAAUGGUACAAGGAAUGGGGUAUGAAUAAAAAUUAUAUUUAGAUGGGAUAAUGUAUUUAGAUUUAUUUUGUACAAAAUUUCAAAUACAAUUAUUAAAAAGUCACCCAAUAUUAGUGCAUAUUGUGUUAGCUGUGCAGAAUAUAUUCAUGCAUAUAAUUACUCUGAUUAACAAUAAAAAAUGGACAAGGUACAAAAUCUUAAUAUCUCUAAUUCACUUUAUAACUAUGUAAUUUUGAGUAGAAGGCAAUAUUCAGUGUUACUGUGAUGUUAUAAAAUGCAGUAAAAAACAUAUUUUAUAAGAUUUCAAAAUAAUUCAUAUCUACAAAUUGUUUUUUAAUUAGUAAAAUGUGUCACUCAUCCAAAACCAGCAUUUUUCUACAACUUCUACUGCAUUUCGAAAAAUAUAUGAAUAAAAAACAUAUUGUAUAUAGCUAAUGCUUGAUGUGAACUUGUGUCACCCUUGAAUUAAUCUAGUAGCAAUAAUAUAAACAACAUUGAGACUAAAUAAAAGGUUUUAUAUCCUAAUUUUUCUAGCAACAAUUACUUAUGCUGUGACUAUUUUAACUAGUAUGUCGUAUAUCUUCAUGUCAAGAGAACAGUGGCGACAAAUUUGAACCUGCUUUGGUUUUACAUUCUGCUGUUAUAGCCACUUUAGUGAGAUUGUGUACAAGUUUGAGCUCAUUCCGGCUUGGGUACAAUCCUACUAUGGUAACCUCUUUAAAGUCUAUUUAUCAAAGUAAACCAAAACAUUGGUCCACAUCAGAGGCACCAUAAUAUACCACAAAUAAAAAUCCGCAGGGGAGGUACAGUCGUAUCACUGCAUUGUUUAAGGUGUAGUACAGGGACGGCAUCGUAUUAUUGUACUUGUCUGUUGCGUAAUUUUUUUAAAUAUGUCUAAAACGGAGACAUUAACUAUACUCCACACCUGUACUCGCCCUUACAAUAAUAAUUAUUACACCCCCCAAAAAGCUGUUUGUUUCUUCGAGUUAUUUUUUCACGUCCGUUAUUUCAGUCACUUUACCCUUUUAUAAUCCACCCCAAUCACAGCUCUUCAGAGGAAAUUUUUCCUAUAUCAGGGCCAUUCCAUGUAACCAUACCGCAUGAAAAUGCCCCUAUCUCUUUGAAAAGAAACCAUCUUCUCUCUUGAAUGAAUAUUUUUGAGAACGAUUCUUCGAUAUCUCAAUGGAAAAUUGUAAAAAAGUAAGAGUUUUUUGUAGGAAGUACUUCAUACUGAAAGAGGUUUCACAUUAAUCGGCAAAAGUCCCAAUUUUUUCGUUACUUAAAGAAAUUUGUACAGGAAAGUUCCUAUUUAUGUAUUUGUAUUAAAAUAAAAGAAUAGAUGAAAAUUAAUAUAUAAAUAAUAAAUUCUACAUUUUUCAACAUCACAGUAAAUUUGUAGUAGGGAUGGGAUGCAUAUACAGUAAUUGGUAAGUAUAGCACGUUCUUUAACGAUUAUAUAAGAUUUUCUUAAAUUUAAAUAAUGGUCCAUUUUUAGCUUGAGAUGUCAUUUUAAAAUCGCUUAGGGGAAACUAAUUUUCAUAAAAAUAUAAAGUAGUUGCCGCAUCUAUUUUUUAAUAAAGCCGGUAGCUUCAGCUUCUAAAAAUUGUAAGGAACUUAAAACAUCGGUAGAGUUCAAAAUCGUUAGCUGGGGUUUGACAUAGUUCAUUAGAAAUCUUAAUCACAAUUGAAAAGACGGUUUAAUUAAUUACGUAAACUAGGGUGGUGUAAUUAUAACAACCAAUUGACGCGCUUCAAGAUUUUCUUGUUUCAAAUUCUCCAUUAUACUUUAGUUACCUUCAAAUAUUUAUAAAUUAUUAAUUUUCCAACAGAACGAUAGAUCAUAUAAUUUUUUAAAAGUACAGUAAAUACAUAACAUCUAACAUCUAUUGAAGGUACAAUAAAUUUUUGUAGAGAGUAUAUCCGAAAAUUACACAUCUAAGUAUAUAUCAUUAAGAUUAGUAUUUAUAAGCUCUAUACAGAUUCACAUAACAAUUAUCAUAAGAUUUGAAACCGUUUUUAGAUAGGUUCAUUGUAAUCACAUUAGUGGCACGAAGUUUCUAGGUAACACACAAAAAUUUACUUUUAUCAUUAAUCAGAAAAAUAUUACUAUCUUUGUUAAUAGAAAAUUACUCAAUUCUCCCAUAACAUCGAAUAGUAAGUACCAGUACUUGAACAAAGAAGUCCUCACAAAACUCAAUUUUAUAUUUUUAAAACGAAAACUAUCAAAAUUUGAACUAAAUUUUAAAAAAGAUCGUCGAUGUUGCAGGUUUUUUGCGAUUUCACAGUAACCUUGUAAACCAAAUAGCCGAUGACAAGCAGUUAAUCUAAAGGAAAAAUCCAUCACAUUCUCCGAGGAACCGUUUGUUUGUCGAGCCUUUAUUUUCUGCUUCUUCCUUUUGCUUUCCUUAUUCUAAACAGUUUACACCACUCUAACUCCAGCUCUGCCUAGGAACCUUACCUAUAACAAGGCCGAAGCUAAUAUAACCCUCACCACACGUAAAUAAUGUCCCCAUUCAAAUUACAAAUAACCCAAGACCUCUCUCUACUAUUAAAAUUACGAAUUAACAACACAGAUAAAAAAAUUUGGUUGUAGAUUACUUCAUUUAAUCAGAUGAUGAUGAGAGUCAAAGUCUUAGCUUGGUAUUGUGGUAUAUUUUCUUCAGAAUAAUCAAAUAUUAUUGACCAGUUAAAAAAAGGAUAUCAUGACAAUGAACGAUCAAGACAUUCAAAAGAGGGUAGUUUUAUUAGGAAACUUGAAAAAACUGUGUUAUUGGCCAGUUAAACAAAGGAUAUAAUGACAAUCAACGAUUAGGACAUUCAAAAGAAGGGGGAUUUUAUGAGGAAAAUUGAAAAAAGUGUUAUUGGCCAGUGAAAAAAAGGAUAUCAUGACGUUCAACGAUCAGGACUUUGAGGGGGAUUUUAUCAAGAAACUUGAAUAAAGCGUUUCAUUUACCAGUUGAAAAAAGUUGUCAUAACGUUCAAAAAAGGGGGUUUUGUAAGAAAACUUGAAAAAAGGCAUGAGAAUUGUUGUAGAAAACCAUAAAACGAAAUUGAGAGAUAUACUAGACAUCAUUGAUGUAUUAGGUGGAAGAAUUUCUUUCUUUUCAAAUAGGUGCAGCAUUUUUCACAAGGAAACAAAACCAUAACGAAUUUAUAACUGAAAUCAUUUUUUGGAGCUGUUUAGGCAGAAUUAAAAGGAAUUUUUGGAUCGAUAUGUGAUCAUAGAGUCAACACCACAUACCUGAGCGGACUACUUCAGGCUGCAGUUGUUCGAAACGAGCAAAAACGCAACAAUCGGCUACCAAGGUUAUGGCCUCGAGAGAGCACUAUUGAAGCAAUUAAAGAAGAAAAUCAGAAGGACACAACCUUCUAUACAGAAGAUACAAAUCUCCAUCCCUUCUAUAAAACCGAUUGUCAAAUUUGAUUAAUUUUUUCCAUAACUACCAUAUUCUUCAGAUUUGGUCCCCAAUAACUACAAGCUGUUUUCAGAUCAGGAAAAAAGCUUUAAGAAAAGCAAUAUGAAUUAUACAGACUUAUUGAAUUGUGUUAAUAUCACUCAAAAAACUAUGGUGUCGCAAAACAGACAGUUAUAUAAAAAAUGACGCUUUGAAAUGUCUAAGCUAGGAAAUUUAACACGACGUUGUAUAGAAUUUAUUAGAAAUCCGAAAUAUUUCCAAUUAAUAUAAAUAACUGUGGCGUUACCUAGGUUUCCGGUCGUUACAAAUUUACGUAGAUAAUGUAGUAAACUGUAAUAUAAUAAAAUUUUUUGGAAAAAAAUUCGUAGUUUACAAAUAAAAAAGUUUAUUUGAUGUUAUAUAAUAAAUAUAGUAAAGAAGGUUCUUUUCUCUGGGAAAAUAUUACAAAUAGUAACUUUUUAAAAAUAUUUUUAUUCAAUCAAUUUUGUACUUCAAUAUAUUACAGUUCACUACAAGUCAAGGGAAUAUUCAUGAACACAUUAAAUUGACAAAAUUUUAACAUACAAAUUUUCAAAUACAAUUGUUGCAAUCUGCUAAAGAUCCCAAUUUUUUUUGAAAUACAUUAUUUCUGGUCAAUUGUGAUAUGCCUUUCAUUCAUAAUAUCAAUUAUGCACUUGAUUUUCAAAGAUGCCAUUAAAACAUUUUGAUCGAGGUUAAUAGUUUCUAUUCGCACCGUAUAUAAAUUAACUCAGAUAAUUUACUGCACAGAUCGAUAAAGGUGAAGUAAAUGUCACACACUCUUAUGGCGAUCUGCAAAUCCUUGAUUGAGGUAGGAUUUGGUGACAUUAUAAUUUUGUUAACAGGAUUUUGAUCCUUGAAAACCAAGUAAAUUAUCUUCAUUUAUCCCACGUAACUACAAGUACCGUCGCACUAAUGGUCGAUUCAUAAACUUGACUUCCGUUUGCCGUUUCCGUUCGCGGGUGACGUUUGCCGUUUGACUAUUCAUAAACUUGGGGUUGCUACCGUUAACCUAAAAAUUUUGUUAUUCUUUUUGACGUGUUUACUUCUUUUUGUAUUUUUGUAAUCCGGUAUUUAAGGACGAUAUUAUGGAAAAUAACUAAGUUUUUUUUAUUUGGACAAACGCAAACGGAUGUGAUUGGCUCUUUUCUAUUGCUACGAACAGUCGACGGGAAAAGAAAAAUUCGUUUAUGUUGGAAGUCACCAACUGCAACUUAUGCAUUUCAAUGUUUUGAUUUUGUAACAGCAAACGUUAUUGGCAACGGCAAACGGAAAGUCAAGUUUAUGAAUCGCCUUCGGUUUACCGUUGUCGUUGCCGUUUGCUGUUACAAAAUUAAUACCAUUGAAAUGCAUAAUAUUAUUCAUAGUUGCCGUUUGAGGUCGCUUUGCCGUUGGUGACUUCCAACAUAAACGAAUUUCAUCUUUUCCCGUCGAUGGUUCGUAGCUGUAGAAAACAACCAAUCACAUCCGUUUGCGUUUGUCCAAAUAAAAAAAAAUCUUCGUUAUUUUCGAUAAUAUCGGCCAUAAAUACUGGAUCACAAAAAAAACACAAAAAUAUCUCGAAAACAAAAAGAAGUAGAAUGAAAACAUUUUUAGGUUACGGAAGCUACGUCAAGUUUAUGAAUAGAGUGUAGAAUUUUCUACGAAUGGCAAACGGAAAGUCAAGUUUAUGAAUUGGCCUUAAUAGUUCAAAAACGUUGAAGAAGGUAAUUGAAACGUUCAUAAAUACAUAGGUAGCUUUAUUGAUUAUCUAUUG